UGAUCCUGCUCCUGCGCCCAACCCGCCUCCCUCCUCCUCGUCAACCACCCCCGACAACAACUACGGCAUCGCCUACUCCCCCUACACCGCAGAAGGAACCUGCAAACCCGCCCCGCAAAUCACCCACGACCUGUCCCAGCUAGCGGGGUACGCCUUCGUCCGCAUCUACGGCACCGACUGCGACCAGACCCGCCUCGUCCUUGCGGCCGCCCGUCAAUACCACCUCGGCGUCUUCGCCGGCCUCGUCGACCUCACCCACUUCUCCGAUGAUCUCGCCCUGAUCAUCACCGCGGCCACGGAAAACGGCGGGUCCUGGGACAGUAUCCACAGCGUCGCGGUCGGCAACGAGCUCCUCAACAGCGGCCGGAACACGGCGGCCGAGAUCGUGGGCGCCGUGCAGACGGCGCGCGCGACGCUCCGCGGCGCCGGGUACGAGGGCCCCGUCGUGGCCGUGGACACGGUGGCGGCGCACCUGGCGAACCCGGGGCUGUGUGCCGUCAGUGAUUACUGCGCGGCGAAUUGCCAUGCGUUUUUUGACGAUGCCGUCGAAGCGGAGGGGGCGGGGGGGUUUGUGCGGGAGCAGAAGGGGGAUGCUAACGCGAGAAGCAAGGGGAACCGCAACAAAAAGGUGGUCAUCACGGAAAGCGGAUGGCCGCAUGCCGGCCAGGCGAAUGGGAAGGCGGUGCCCUCGUUGGAGAAUCAGCGCGCUGCGGUGCGCAGUUUGAGGGAGGCCUUUGCGUGGGAUUCCUCGGAUGAGGUAGGGCUGGUGCUCUUCUCCUCGUUCGAUGAUCUCUGGAAGGUGGAUAAUGGGUAUACCUUUGGGGCGGAGAAGUUCUGGGGCAUUCUCGGGCAUUAAACCCCCCUGUUUGUCUUCAGACUGAUUCUGAGGGGAUGGGGGAAUCGAGGCAAGGAAGGGGAAGGUGAUAUCAUGCUGGGUUUCAUGAUACUGGUUCGGGUGCUUGCCUGGUG